AUGUUUCUAGCCCAUAAACGGUUUGGUGGUGAUAUUACGGUAUGGAACCCAUCAACUGAUGCUCACAGGAGAAUUCCACUACAUGGUGAUAGUUUAAUGUUUGAUCAUCUAUAUGGUGUUGGGUAUGAAGAAUCAAGAGAUGACUACUUGAUAGUUAAAAUCCGAUUGGAUGGCCCACAAAUUCAGGUUUUCUCACUGAAAACCAAUGUUGCCUCCUUCGUUCAUGGUGUUGAUGUUACCAAUGUGGAUUACGGUCAUAAUCCCAUUGCUGGGGGUGGGCUGUUAUUGAAUGAGUCCCUUCAUUGGUUGGUUUUCUCUCGUGCUACACAGCUUCAUGUAGUUCUUGCCUUUGAUUUGAUACACAGAAGUCUAUUCGAGAUUCCUCUGUCACCUGAUUUGACAACAGAAUUGACACAAAAACAAUAUCAUUUGAACGUAAUGGGAGGAUACCUCUGUCUUUGUUAUCAAGGUAGAGAUGAUAAAUGUGAAAAUGCUCAGAUUUGGAUGAUGAAAGAGUAUAAAGUGCCGUCUUCUUGGACUAAAUCUUUUGUUCUACGAUUUGCAAUUAUUUCAUACAAGUACAUACAGUUUUACCCCAUAUGCUUUACUAGAUGUGGUGGUCUUUUUGGAUCAAGUGGCUAUGGAGGAUUAAUGAAAUUUAAUGACAAGGUACACAUUGAUGAGUGGCGCACAUAUUUCCCAUACAAUGAUUUUGUAAGCCCUCAUGAUUUGUAUAGAGAGAGUCUAUUAUCACUACCUAGUGGCGUUGAUGAAGCAAACUAA